CAUUGUUUUUAAGGUGUACAUAUAGAAUUCUUAUUUUCAUUUAACAUAUAGCAAACGUCUCCAGGAUGUGAUAGUAGGUUUAUAUGUCUGCAGAUUAAAGGAUUCUUUUUAAUAAGAAGAAAAAAGAUUGUAUUUAACGACUUUGAUCAAGUCAUUUCGAACACAAUUUAUCUUCUAUAUUUAUCUUUUAUUCUGUACUGUUGAAGCGUUUUCGUCACGGUGACGCUCUGUGAUUGUGGCUCAAUGAGAAUAGUCGUUCUACAGUCGUUGAACGAGGUGCCCAAGCUCAGUUGUCAUUCUGUAGAUUAGCCUCACUAUUUCUCAAAAAAUUUUCAUCUUGGGUCAAAUCUACCAACGAAUUUUGUUAACAAGACUUAAUAAUGAUGAAGUGCAUCCGACUGCAAUUAAUAACGUUCGAUGUCACCGGUACGUUGCUGAAGACGAAGUUGGAGCGAUACAUUGAAGUUGGCUCUGAACACGGUCUUUCGGUCGAUCCGCGCAAAUUGGCGCACAGCUUUAAAAACAGUUUCCACAAGCUCAGCCUGGAGCAUCCAGUGUUCGGGAAGCAUACGGGCAUCGGAUGGGAGAAUUGGUGGAGAAAGAUGGUUUAUAACGUUUUUAAGGAUCAACACAAUUCUGUAGCGAACAGCACAUUGGACAAGGUUGCUAACAGUUUGAUAAGUUGCUACGGCACGAACAUGUGCUGGUAUAAGUAUCCGGACACGAUCGAGUUACUGGAGUAUCUUCAAAAACAGAACAUAAUCUUGGGGGUGAUAUCGAAUUUCGACCAGCGGUUGGAAGGGGUGCUCGAGGACACGAGGAUACGACCUUACUUUUCCUUCGUUUUAACGUCUUACGAUUUCGGCGCGGAGAAACCGGACACCUCGAUAUUCGACGAGGCGCUCAGACUGACAAGGGAACGACAUUGCAUCGACGUGACUCCCCAGGAAGCGCUCCACAUCGGCGAUACGUUCAGCAAAGAUUACGUCGGCGCGAAGAACGCGAAAUGGAACGCGAUUCUAAUUAAACGCGACGAUCCCGACGUAAGCGACAAGAGAGUACCUAAGACCGAUGUGUUUAAAAAUCUUCGCGAUUUGAAAGUAUACCUUUCUACGCUUAUAGACAGGGGUAGUAUACAGGAAAGAUGAUUUCGCGAGACACGGUACCUAUCAUAACCAGGAAAUACUUCCCACGUGAUAGAACAAUGUUUAGUAUCAUUGAUAAGAUUUAUUUUUUGUGAGAUUGUAUAUUAUCCUUUAUAUUAUGUAUAUUUUUAUAAAAUUCAAACUGCUAUUUUGUGCAUCAUUAAAUAAUAAGAUUAUAAUAACAUGUGCACAUAUAAUAACGUAUUAUAAUAACGUUUAUAAAUGUGAUAAUAAUUCCAUUCACUAUAGAUAACAUUGAAACUCAAUAAAUAUGUGUUGAUUAUUAUCACAUAUAAUUUAAGCUAUAUCAGAUGUAACAAAUAUAAAGCAUCGAAAAAAAAUUCUAACAUGUAACACGUACUUAUACAACUAUAUACAAGACUAAUUCUUAAAUAA